AUGCUCGUCGAGAUCGGCGCCGCAGUGUGUAGCAACCAGCGAGCUUGGGAUGCGCUAACCAAGCUCGCUUCCGCUGCACAGAGCAUAGAGGGAGCCCGGGGGUUUGGUCACACCGAGCUGGAGCGCGCGCACCCGCCGGCGUCUGCAUGCCGCUACGACGAUCGCGUCGCUCGCUCCUCCCCCAACCUCCUGAUACAAGGCUCGCUCGCCUACGAGGUUCAGCACGCGUGGUUUCGAGCCUGGUUGCCAGCCACUGCCGUAACAUUGACCGCAGCCGAGCCCGGGCGGAUUUGGACGACGGAUUAG